AUGUUGGAGGGUAAAGUCCAGAUAUUUAAAGUUUUUUUCAUUGUUACAGGUCCAGAUAUUCCUGGCUUCCUUCUUCAACCCUUCCGAAAACCAAAGAGGAUAAGGACAGCGUUUAGUCCUUCGCAAUUACUUAAGUUAGAGCACGCUUUCGAGAAAAACCAUUACGUAGUAGGCGCUGAAAGGAAGCAGUUGGCACAAUCUUUAUCAUUAACAGAAACUCAGGUCAAAGUGUGGUUUCAAAACCGAAGAACCAAGCACAAACGAAUGCAGCAAGAAGAAGAAGCCAAAACGAAUUCAGGUGGAAAUAAGUCAGGUUCCCCUAAUUCGCAGCACAGCUCCCACGUCAAUAAGUGGAAAGAAGAAAACUCGGACGAGUACGGAGAAUACAUCGAUAUGGACAUGGAAGAUGAGUGUAUUAGUGAUGUAGAGAGUGAAACAUAA